AUGGCCCGCGUUGUGUGUAAAGGCGUGGAGGAGGAGCGCACCGCUCGAGCUCGAAACUUGGUGGACCUCAAUGACGACGUACUACUCUUGAUUUUUGGGCUCCUUGAUCAUACAGAUAGACUCGUAGUCUCAGCUCUGUGCCGACGUCUACGAGCAGUCCUUCUUCCCCAAAUAUUUGACAUCAUAGGCUGGGCGGCUAUCGCUCCCGAAUUCCCCCCACGGAGACUUUGGCCAUUUGUACAAACCUUCGUAUUCUCGGGCCACCAUAUUGCUCCAUUCACACCAACAAUGCGGCAAAAUAUCACGGCACAAAUUCUUGAAGCCUUCGUCGACAUGAAACGGCUGACUACGGUCAUUAUCGUUGACGUUGAAGGUGGCUUAUGGCCUGAGCUAUUGGACGCGUUUUCGGUUCUGUCUACUCCCUGCCAUCUGCAGCUUGGGUCUCACUGGGACCCAGCUCGAGAAGACGAAGAUUAUAUUGUGUUGGAACCAAAAAGAGCUUCUCUACCUUUCGCCAGCUUCAGCUUCAUCUUCCCCCUUGUCUACGCCAGUGAGCAAGAGGGUGGAGGGGCGGCUAGGCGACUGCCUUUGGGCUUAGAGCAUGAAAUGUACAACAUCCGCACCAUACUCGCCGCAGCUGCUGAAACACUAUCUUACAUCUACCUCCCCGGCGAAAUCUUCCCCACAAUGUACGGCUUCACCUGGAGCGCUCUUACCGAGCUGUAUCUCGAUGGCUUGUGGCCUGUCGAAAGGAUUGCGGACCGAGUAGUUCAGGUCUCGAGUGCUCCUCCUCGAGAACCAUUCCCUCGGCUCAUCCUAGGGCAGUCACCGGAGCCAGUCGAGGCACAUACCUCUAAGGACGGGUCAGAAACAGCUACGCUGGCCGAAGUUGCACCAUCUGUGUCAACAUCAGUAUCUCCGACAGUGGUCGACGAAAAGGCCGAAGCGUCCGUUCCAGCAUCGAGGGAUAAUAACGCCGUAGAGACUGAGGCGUUUUCUGAGUCAUUGACAGAGGCAUUUCUAGAUGAUUUGACCUCCGCGUCUGAUGAAGGGAACACGGCAUCUAAACCCACAGUCGAUGGAGAUAUUCCAACCACGCCACAACCUCUCGAAUCACUUGUGGUCCACGAUGACUCCUCCGCCUUAUCGCCUCUAUCUUCCUCUGAUCUCUUGUCGAUUUUAGAAGCAAUGCCGAAUCUUCGUUUGCUGAAAAUGUACCUAUUUCAUCACACAGCGGACCUCAACCUGUGGGCGGGGUCAUCUGCGCGUCAGAUAUCACACCGACGUCUCCAUCUACUUUUCUUCGCCAUCUGA